UCGAAUAUGAAUUUAAAUAAAAAUAUGGGCUGGGUGUACGCCAAGUCAGUGAUUGAAAAAGAAAUGGAAAUGAAAAGGGAAGGGUGCCUCAGAAACAUUCUAGUUGAACUUAUCCGUAGAGAAUGUGAAUAUAAACAGAUUCAAUUUGAUAUGGAAGUGAGAGCUGGAGCUUCUACCAAGGUAGUGGCGUUGCAAGCAGCCAGAGAGUUUAAAGCUACAUGGAUUGUUUUAGACAGGUCUAUAAAGAAGGAUGCCAAGUACUUCAAGGAGAACCUAGUUUGCUUUAUUUCAAAAGUGACGAGGAACAACAAAAUUAAAAUUCUGAGAGGAAACAUAAGUGGAGAUGCAAAAACAGGCAACGGUUUCUUUGCAGAAGUGAGAACGAGGAACAGUGUCAGAAGUGAUAGUCUAGUGGAAUCGAGGGAAUCGCCUGCUUCUGCUGUCUUCAAAAACAUUUAUGAAGAAACACCCAUCCCUGUUGAAGAACGGCCAGAAGACCUCUUCAGUCUUGAGAUUAAUCCUGCCGAUCAGAUAAAAUUUGCUAAAGAUUAUUACAAGCAGAAGCUUCCUCUAGCAUCUAAUAUUAUCCAACAAGCUGACUCCAACCAAGAUCCACCGUCUUCUGCAGAAACAUUCUAUUUUUCAGAUGAGGGUAGCAAAAAUGGAGACAUAGUAGGAGACACUGCAAAAGUAAAGACAGUUGUGGAAAAUUUCAUAUCCAAUCUGAAAUUACUAGAAGGAAGCUUUGUAUCUCCGGCAGAUCCCUGUUCGAUAUGUCAAUAUAAGUCUUCUCUUAUGUUGGGGCAGGAACUAAUAAAAUACACUUAUGCAGAACUUGAAGCAGCCACAAACAACUUCUCAGAAGAGAACUGCCUUUCGAGAAGUGGGUCUAGGCCUGUUUAUAAGGGUCGCUUAAACCAAGGAUUGUACAUUGCAGUAAAAGAUCAUAAACAUGCAAAUUAUGUGCAGCAAAGAGCUGAAUUCGAGUCUGAAGUUGAAGGCAUAAGUCGUGCACAGCAUAAGAACCUGGUGAUGCUUCUGGGAUAUUGCUCAGAGGAUAAUCACAGAUUUCUUGUUUACGAGUACAUCUGCAAUGGGUCUCUCUAUUCCCAUCUCUAUGGGAGCAACAGAAAAGUAUUGGAUUGGGAAGAGAGGAGAAAAAUAGCAAUCGGAGCUGCCAGAGGUAUUCGUUACUUGCAUGAAGAGUGCAGAGGUCGUCAGAUUGUUCAUGGUGACCUCCGUCUCAAGAAGAUUCUUCUUACCCAUAACUUGGAACCCAUGGUUGGAGACUUUGGUCUAGCAUAUAAGUAAGACAUCAAAACUCCCUUUGUUAUUGGUAUUUCUUUGAUAAGUUUGAAAUACUUACAAA